GAGAGGAGGAGGAGGAGGGUGAGGAAGAGGAGAGGAGGAGGAGGAGGGUGGAAGACAGCAGCAGUGACUGUGUGUGAGAGUGAGUGAGUGAGUGUGUGUUCACUUUGUAGUUUCCUCUCUCUGAAACUAACAAACAUUUGCUGCGCGGGGCUGAGGGACUACAGCUAACACACCGCCGUCACUCCACUCGACACUUGCUUCCUCCUUCUUCAUCAGCCUUCCUCUGUGUUUGCUGUAUACUGGUCAGCAGAGCCCACUGCAAUUACAACUCCCACCGCAUGCACAGUUUGUCUAAGAGGAUGAAGGGGAGGAAUCCUGGCGCUGUGUGGGGUUUUUAGCAGCAGAAGAAUCAGACACACUGGCAGCCUCUCCAGCUCCUGUUUGACACCUCUGUCUGUCAAGGAGCUCACCAUGAGUUAGAGGGCAUCGGCGAGCAUUGCCAAAGCUGCCUUCCUCAGCAUCUGGAGACAGCAGCAUCAUUCGCCCUGCUUCAUGAGCCAGCAGGAUGCGGCUGAGGUCCUCGCACUCUCCGAGCGCCUCCUCAUAGCGUCACACAAGGGACAGGCCGACAAUGUGGUCCAGCUUAUCAACAAGGGUGCAAAAGUAGCUGUCACCAAGUAUGGCAGAGGCCCGCUGCACUUGGCUGCCUACAAAGGCCACAUCGAGGUCGUGCGUAUCCUGCUCAAAGCUGGAUGUGACCUGGACAUCCAAGACGACGGGGAGCAGACGGCGUUACAUCGGGCUGCCGUGGUGGGAAACAGUGACGUCAUCAGCGCUCUCAUCCAGGAAGGGUGUGCACUGGACAGACAGGACAAGGAUGGAAACACUGCCCUCCAUGAAGUGUCCUGGCACGGCUUCAGCCAGUCGGUCAAACUGCUGGUGAAAGCUGGAGCCAACGUUCAUGCAAAAAACAAGGCAGGGAACACAGCUCUCCACCUUGCGUGUCAGAAUGGUCACGCUCAGAGUUCCAAGGUUCUGCUCCUGGGAGGCUCCAGGCCGGACAGCAAGAACCACUUGGGGGAUACUUGUCUGCAUGUGGCAGCCCGCUACAACCACAUAUCAAUGAUCCGCAUCCUCCUGGGAGCAUUUUGCUCUGUUUCAGAGAAGAACCUGGCUGGGGACACUCCGCUACAUGUGGCAGCUGCUUUGAAUCAUAAGAAAACAGUACGUCUGCUGCUGGAGGCGGGGGGAGACAGCCGCAUCUGCAACAAUGCUGGGGAAACAGCUUUGGAUAAGGCCAGAGAACAUAACAACCCAGAAGUGGCUCUUCUCCUGACCAGAGCUCCACAGCGAUGUAUGCCUCCCCGGCUGAAGACUCUGGUCAUGCGCAGUGAGAGCACGGGCAGGGUGCGCGCAGGCAGGCAGGUGCAGAGCUUUGUGCGUGGCAGGAGUGCGAGGAAGAGGAGAGACAAGCUGAAGGCAGAGGGCAGAGCUCAGUCGGUGCCCAGGGAUGAGAUGCUGCCCUGUAAGGACAGUGCUUCAGCUGCAGAUGACACCCAGAGCAGUGACCGAGCUGCCUGCAAACACACUGAGAUGACUGAAACUAACACCAGGAGGGGCAAGAACAGGAAGCAGAAGGAAAAGCCGUUUCUGUCUGACCCACUUCGCCGCAGAGAGACCAGGCCCAGUGAAGCCUUUCAUAGGAGGAAGGGUAAACUGCGAGGAGUCUCCCCUAAUGCAGCCAUCCCACCACACAACUUUAAAGCCUAUCAGCUUUACACCCUGUACCGCGGCAAGGAUGGCAAGGUCAUGCAGGCUCCUCUGAAUGGCUGCCGCUGUGAACCUCUCAUCGCUAAACUGGAGAACCAGCUGGAGGCCACUAAAGAGGAGAUGAAGACUGAGAUCAACACAGUCCAAGACCUGAUGAACAGCAAGAUGGGCCAGCUGGACCGCAAGAACAAGCACCAGAUCUGUGCUCUUGAUAAGAUGACAGUGGAGCGAGUGUCGGCAGAGAGGAGCGAGUGUCUCCAGAGGAUGGAGCAGCGGGCCCUGCAGGAGCGACUGGAGGCAGAGAAGAGACAGCAGGCAUCUCUGAUCAGUGACUUGAAGAGCUGGUGUCUGUCAAAACUGCAGAACAUGGAGGUUCUCUUCACAGGAGACCCCGGCAGGACCAAGCUGCGGCGCUCCUCCUCCAUGACCGAGGGCCUGGACGAAGCAGAGGGACCUGAGCUCACUGAGCUGCCUGCUGGAGAUGAAGGCGGCUCCCAUUGUCCAGAGCUGCACAGCAGCCCCACACUCCUGGAGUCUGACCGCAGGGAUCCCAGUGCUGCAGAGGGGGGAUCAGCCAACCACUACUUUGUGGUUCAUGUGGAGAGCUCUCCAGAUGGGGAUAAGGCACGUAAGGCUGAAGCCGCCUCUCCUACAGCAACCAAGAAGAAGCUGCUGUCAUCUGCGCAGGUGGUCCGGCCGAAGGAGCGCUCCGUGAUCUGCGCUGACACCCAGAGGAAGAACAAGGACCUGCUGGACGUGGAUGUAGUGGAGUACGGUGCCAUCGGGGGCACAGUCCACAGAGCGAGCAGUCUGUCCCCCGCCACAGGGCGCCGCUGCAGGACUGACCCUGUGAUCAGAGACAGGGAGCGAGGCCGAGAUAGAGGGAAGCUGCGUAAAAAGCAUUCCCAGGGAAGGACUAAUUCCAGCGGGGCCCCGGGGACCAAGGUCCUGGAGGUCUUCGGGGAGCAGCCCAGCGAGCCCUCCUUUGCUCAGGAGAGGGAAAACAUGCACGCCCUGGAGGUGACGCAGUACUUCUUCGAGGCGGUGUCCACGCAGAUGGAGCGCUGGUACGAGAGGAAGGUGCAGGAGGCUCGCUGGCAGGCCACUCAGAGGGCUGAGGUCGACAGAGCCGCCCUGGUCGAGAGGAUCUCUUACCUGGAGGACGAGCUGCGCAUGCUGAGGACUGACAAACACGAUGGGUGCUGACGGUCACCUGUCACCAUGACACUGAACAGAAACCACAUGUGGUUGGGUUGGAUUUCAGCCUCUUGCAGCAGCAGAGAUUUAUGACACGAAUCUGAACUGUCAUGUUUUCUUCUUGCAAAACUGAGAUGAGUCACGAUAUCCAGCACUGAGAGAGAGUUCAUGUUCACAACCAGUGCUGUAAAUCACUUCCUCCUGGAAUCCAGUCAACCCAUUUUUACAUGAACUACAACUGUUCCACGUAGAAAACCCUCUCAUGCUGGUUGUCAUGGCAGCAGUGGCCUGGUAUGCUGAGGUGUGUAUGAACAGUACUUUAGAAACAGGGGCAGCUCUUGUGCACUGUGUUGUAAAUAAACCAGUAAAUGUAAAGCUAGUUGUCAAAACGUUGAACUAAUGUGCCAUUUGUAGAACAGAUACAUGAUGAACACCAUGAACACUGUGCAGCGUGCACACAGACAUCUUCAUGCAUUUGCCCGACCACACACUAAAUACUGAGUCAUGUGACUCCACAUUAUCAAGAGCUGUGAUCGGUGUGUGCACGGUGGUAUCAUUAGAUCACAGUGACAGCCGUCUGCAUGGAGGGAAUCACAGUGGAAUAAGCUUUUUGUUGGUGUCUAUUUACUGGAAUCAGUCUUGUGACUUUAAAAGAACGACCCACUGUUUAUUUAUGAGAAUGUAGUUGAAGUGACACUGUACAUAGUGAAGGUUUGUUUUAACUGCGUCGAUCCCUGAUUCUGCUGCAUGGUGAUUUGUCUGGAGGCUGGAGUGUGACGAUGGAAGAAUGUGACUUUUACAGUGUUAAAUACAAUUUCAAAAAAAAUAAUGAAAUCAUAAACCGAUAAGCAAUAAAUAUUCAUCUGAAUGAAACAUUAAACAUUUUGUUCAAACACAUACAUUUUUCAUAAUUAUAUGAUUAAUCAAUUUAUGUAUUGCAUUUUCAAACUGAAUUGGUUUAUCGACAUUUAUAUUUAAAUAUACAUGUAUAACAAUGUUUCCCUGAGUCAAACUCAAAUAUUAAAUAGAAUAAUUUUAAUUUGUGCGUCUGACACUUUUGUUUUAGUUAUGAACAAAAUAUAUACAUUAAUUUAGGAGUCUGUAUUUAGACUAAAAGAAGGGACGACUUUGAUUCUAACUUAAAACUGUAAAAGUGUAUUAAUAUUCAGGUGUCACAGUGAACUCCACACUCAACCUGUGAACUACUUUAAAUUCAAGCUCAAAACUUGCUGUCACAUAAAAAAGACAUCAAUCCUGCUGCCAGCCACACUGUCGCCAUUCAACAGUUCAACUGUGUCCUAGAUAGUAGAAAGAUAUUUAACUCUAAGUGUCUUAGUAAAGAGUGAGCGGGGAACAAAGUGUUUACAAUCCACUGAAAUGGGUCAUUUGUGACACAAACACUAAGAAACAUUGAAACCUGCCUGAAGAGCUUAACAACAAGCUGAGUUCUCAUCCUAUAAUCUUUUCUCCCAGAAUGCCCUCUGCCCUGCCAACCAUGUUUACCUGUAAAGCACAACCCUGACGCUGAACUUGGUCCGAACCUGUUGCAUGAAGAACGCCCACAGUUGUGUUGCAGUAUUACUGUCUGCUGUACAUUUGAUGUAGUGACUGUUUUUAUAUGACCUCGAUGCACUCUGUUUGAUGAAGCCAGAAAAACAUAUUUUGUAUUAAAAGAAAAAGAUUGUUCUUAGUCCA